CAGGCCCGCGCCCGCCUUCGCGCCGCCCUCCGCAACCGCUGGCGCGCUCGUCGCCCCGCUGCCCCGCCACUGGGCCGCCGGGGGGCCGCGGUGGCCGGGCGCGCCCGCCGGCGGCAGGGGCUGGCGCGUGCGGGUGGCGGCCGGGGGCGACCAGGAGGGCCUGCGGGCGGAGACGCAGCUGCUGCGCAAGCAGGUGGAGCUGCUGACGGACGAGAUCCGGCUGCUGCGGGAGGCUCUGCUCGGCGAGCCCCUGGACGCGCCGCCGGCAGCGGCCCCGGCCGCGCCCGCGGCGGCGACGCCGCAGCCGUCACCGCCGCCGUCCGCCUCCACGGCGCUGCCUCCCCUGCCGCCCAUGCCGCCGCCGCCGCCCGCGCAGCCCGCGGCGGCGCCGGGCGCGCAGCGGUCGACGUUCCCGACGGCGAGCGCGCCGCCGCCGCAGCCGGCGUACCCCCCGCCCGCGGCGGCGCCGGCCCCGAGCCCGCCAGCCUGGCCUCCGGUGCCAGACUCGCCGCUGCCGGGCGGGACCGGCCCGGCGCAGGCGGGCGCGAAGACGGCCGUGAAGAUAGUCAGCUCAGGGUACGAGAACGGCAACCGCGCCGACUUCUUCUUCGACGGCCGCCUCGUAGGCAUCAACGGCUUCUUCGAUAGAAGAGGGGCCAACGUCAUGGUGAUCGACCCCGACGCAGGGAAGGUUACCCUGAGGAAGUCCUACGACAUCUGGGGGGACCCGCAGACGGUGAACCCCCAGUUCUCUGCGGACCUGCGGGGCAUCCCGCAGGGGCACAUCGUGCUCGUGGCGUGCAAGGACGGACUCUGGGUUCGAGAACCUCGACUCCGACGCCAGAGGACAUGCCCGAACGGAGAGGGCACGCGCCAGUGCACCUCCGGCGCUUGCCAGGCGAUCAACGCGAUGCGAGGUGUCGGCGCCACCAUCGCUGGGCCUCUCGGCGUCCGCGAGGGGUACGCGCUCAUCGGCGUCCGCGGCGGCCCCGCCUGGGCGGAGAGCCAAGGCAAGUCGUGCGAGGUGGAGUGGGACAUCCCGUGUGCUGUCGAGUUCCCGCCGCCCCCGCCGCCCAUGGCGGGGGCAGUUGCCGCCGCAGCAGCAGGGCGGCAUGCCGGGCAUGCCGGGCGGCGGCCUGCCCGGGCAGGGCGCGCCGCAGCCGGGCGGCUUCGGAGGAUUGGGCGAGCACCGCGGCCGCCCCCCGGCCCGCAGGCCUCCGCCCGGCCCGCCGCCCAUCGACGUGCAGCCCUCCCGGCCCAGCAGCGCGCCGAGGGUGGACCCCAUGGGCGGCGUGUCGGCCGCUGGGGGCGCGGAGAAGGACGAGGAGGGGCGCAGCUGGGAGGAGGUGGUGCUCAUGCUCGACCGCCUCCAGGAGAAGAUCAAGGCCAAGCGCCUCGCCGGCCUCGGGAACGAGCAGCCGUGAGCGGCCGCCCUACCGCCCGGACCCCGAAGAGGCCAGGGCCGUCCGGGGAUGCCCCGGCGGGGGCCGGGAGGGGGCAGUUGGCACGUAUACGGAGGAUGGAGACAUUCUUGGUCGUAAUCAGGGUGUGCUGGCCUCUUCUCUGGAGCACAGAGCGCUCCUGAGAUUUUUUUGUCUGUCUUCUAUAGGUGCGUUACUGCGCAGUUUUGCCCGAGGAUGCUACGAUGGCCUUCGCUCCCACAUGGCAUUCGCAGAA